UGUUAAGAGUACAGAGAAAUCAUUUGGGCUGUGCUUUGGUAUCUAAGGGUGGGGUUAUUUUUACAUAUACAACAGAGCGAGGCCUUCCUGGGACUUGGGGGGUUUUUUGGGCUUCCUGGAGAAACGGUAGAAAAUGCAAAACAACGAAAUAAUAAAGCCUGCUAAAUACUUCUCAGAAGUGGAAAAGAGUGUGCUGCUUGCAUUAGUUGAAAAAUACAAAUAUGUACUUGAGUGUAAAAAAAGCGAUGCAAGAACUAUUGCAUUGAAACAACGUACUUGGCAAGCGCUUGCCCAUGAAUAUAAUUCUCAACCUAGUGUAUCACUACGAGAUUUCAAGCAGUUAAAGAAAUGCUGGGAAAAUAUCAAGGCACGGACAAAAAAGAUAAUGGCACAUGAAAGACGGGAGAAAGUAAAAAGAAGUAUUAGUCCACUUAUAAAUACUCACAUCAUAGGGAAAGAGAAGAUUGCCAGCAUGAUGCCUGAGCAAAUGUACUUUUUACAGAGUCCACCAGAAGAAGAUUCUGAAUAUCAACCUGAUGCUUCUAACCAAGAGUCAUUUGCUGUCUCAAACAGAGAACUGUGUGAUGAAGAGAAAGAGAUAGUACAUUUCCCAAUAUGUGAAGGCACCUCCCAACCUGAGCCCUCAUGUUCAGCUGUCAGAAUAACAGCGAAUAAAAACUACCGAAGUAAAGCCACUCAGGAGGGAGCUUUGAAAAAGAUGCACGAGGAAGAGCAUCACCAGCAAAUGUCAAUUUUACAACUGCAGCUGAUACAAAUGAAUGAAGUGCAUGUGGCAAAAAUACAACAGAUAGAAAGGGAGUGUGAGAUGGCUGAAGAGGAACACAGGAUAAAAAUGGAAGUGCUAAAUAAAAAGAAAAUGUAUUGGGAGAGAAAACUGCAAACCAUCACAAAAGAAUGGCCUGUAUCAUCCUUUAACAGACCCUUUCCUAAUUCACCCUAGAAUUUAUGGUGGGCAGAGAAAAUCUGAUUGAGCACAUUGUUACUAAGGUGUAUUGGCAAGAGGGUCUAUUAAAAUUAAUGUAGUGUGACAGAAUGGAUGUUCAGUCAAUAGUGAACAUGUUUGGACUCCUUAAUACCAUCUAGAAAUACAGAUUGGAUGAGUCUAAUAAGGGAAAAUUCUAUAGUUCAUUUGUGGGUGAGCUCUGAAAGUAAAUUGUCUCUUCUUUGAGUUUCAGAUAUGCACAGUAGUACUUGUGAAUUGUGAGCAUAACGUUUGUUCCUCUCUCAAGUUCCAACUGCCCUUUUUUAAUCUAGGAAGUUCCUAUAGAGUAGACACACCUGAAAUUUGAGUAUAUUUUAAAACUUCGGCUUUACAACUUUACACUUUAAAUUAUAUUGCUUGUUUUCUAGCCCUUUCCUCCAUUUUCUGGUUGAAGGCAGGGGUUGGAGUCAUUCUUUGUUCUCACACUGACCACAGCAGAUAUUUGACAGGCAGUAACCUAAUUGCUAUACAGGGACAUAGAGGAAAUCCCCUCCCCAUCUUUCUUUUUUUAUUACUAUUUUAUUUAUUAUUCCUUCUCUGCAGCAGGUAAGUGAAAAUGAAGGAGCCGGUGAGGAGACAAGAGGACCAUUCUAGUAGGUAAUUUGCAGGGAAAGGAAAUCAAAACCUCCAACCAGCUGGCUGAUUGAGACGAUGGUUGGGCAUUGGCCUGCUAGCUGCUAGGGCCAUAACUGUCGGAAAGCGGGAAAGAAGAGGAUACUUUUGGCUGCCCUCUCUCAGUCCUAUCCUAUCACCCAGAUAUAUAUGCAGGAACUAGAAGUAUGUGAGAGAAGCAUGCUGCUGCAGCUGCUAGAGAAAGAAGCCAGCCCCUUAACUGCACUGUACACCUGACAUCAUUCUGUGGAUAAAAGCUUUUCUGCUGCUUCAUGUAGCUCUUAAGAAGCAGCUGGCUGGCUAUCUCGCCAACAAGCAAUUCUUCCCAGCAGCCAGCUAAUGGAUUUAGAUCUUGCUCCUUAUUAGAAGUGAGGUCUGUUGUGGAUCCUGCUCUUUUCUCACCAACUCAACAUACUUCUAGAGGUAAAGGCAGAUUUUCACUUGGUGCGGUGCCCUAUACCUGUGAAUUCUCUCUGCUUGGCUGUGUCCCACAUGUCAGCCCAGAGCCACCCUGCCUCUGCUAUCAACCAGGGAUUCCUGUUGUCUUUAUUUACUUAUAUGUAUCAGAAUAGCACCUAGAGGCCUCAACAGGAACUGGUGCCCUCUUGUGCUAGGUGCUACACAGACACAUAAUAAAAGAUUGCCCCCACCCUGAAGAUCUAGGCUAAAGAAGACAAGGGCUGGGAAAUGGGCAAUACGAAACCAAGGGUAAAGUAUUAAAGUGCACGUUUUAGAACAAAUUUAGAGGUUUACUCUAAAGGAUCUUCCUCUAUCCGAAAAGGUGUUUUGGAGGGAGAGGCAUUUUAAAUGAGCAGAAAAACCCUUAUUUUUUAUUCAGUUAUAAAAUUGAGCGUUCCAUUAUUUUAAAUGUAUUUUUCCCCACAGAUAAUGGUUAAUAGGAAGAAAACUAUACAUUAGCAAUAUUUUUCAAAUGAAAACAAAUUUUAAAAGGUGUCAUCUUCCCUCUGUUGUGUUCCACCUCCCGCCUCUUCUCUGGAUUUCCUUCCUGCUGCGAGCUUUCGUAUUUAUUUUUCUCUUGGUCACUUUUCCCUGCUGCUGAUGCAUACUUGUAGGCUUUA